AUGUCUACGGCAACUACAGAUUCAAGUUCUGAUAUUUUUUUACAUCAUAAAAGUUUGUUAAAAGAAUUGAACAUUCUAAAAAUACAAGAAGAAUAUAUAAAAGAUGAACAACGUCAUUUAAAAAGAGAAUUAAUUAGAGCUCAAGAAGAAGUCAAAAGAAUUAAAUCAGUACCAUUAGUAAUUGGUCAAUUUUUAGAACCAAUUGAUGAAAAUACAGGUAUAGUGUCAUCAACAACAGGAUCAAAUUAUGUUGUUCGUAUAUUAUCAACAUUAGAUCGUGAAUUAUUAAAACCAUCAUCAUCAGUUGCAUUACAUCGUCAUUCAAAUGCAUUAGUUGACAUAUUACCACCAGAAGCAGACUCAUCAAUAUCAAUUGUUGGAGAAAAUGAAAAACCAGAUGUUACAUAUGCGGAUAUUGGUGGUCUAGAUAUGCAAAAACAAGAAAUAAUUGAAUCAGUUGAAUUACCUUUAGAACAAAGUCAUUUAUAUAGUCAAAUUGGUAUAGAUCCACCAAGAGGUGUAUUAUUAUAUGGUCCACCGGGUACUGGUAAAACAAUGUUGGUAAAAGCUGUUGCAAAUGCUACAAAAGCAUCAUUCAUAAGAAUUAAUGGUUCAGAAUUUGUGCAAAAGUACCUUGGGGAAGGUCCAAGAAUGGUAAGAGAUGUCUUUAGGUUGGCUAGAGAAAAUUCACCAGCUAUCAUAUUCAUUGAUGAAAUAGAUGCUAUAGCAACAAAAAGAUUUGAUGCACAAACAGGGGCCGAUCGUGAAGUUCAAAGAAUUUUAUUGGAGCUAUUAAAUCAAAUGGAUGGGUUUGAUCAAACUUCAAAUGUUAAAGUUAUAAUGGCUACAAAUAGAGCUGAUACUUUAGAUCCAGCAUUAUUAAGACCCGGUAGAUUGGAUAGAAAAAUUGAAUUUCCAAAUUUAAAAGAUAGAAGAGAAAGAAGAUUGAUUUUUACAACUAUAGCGUCAAAAAUGUCAUUAGCUCCAGAAUGUGAUUUAGAUUCAUUGAUAAUAAGAAAUGAUCCAUUAAGUGGUGCAGUAAUUGCUGCUAUUAUGCAAGAAGCUGGUUUAAGAGCUGUAAGAAAGAAUAGAUAUAUGAUCUUACAAAAUGAUCUAGAAGAAGCUUAUAGUUCACAAGUAAAAACUGGUACUGAACAUGAUAAAUUUGAGUUUUAUAAAUAG